UGAGGCGAGGUGACCCCUGCCCUGUUCCAGAGGUGAGGCGAGGUCAGAUGAGCUCUGUCCCGUCCAGCCCUGUGAAGAACCCGCACACGACGAGCAGCUGCCCGAGCCCCGCACCUCCGGGCAGCACAGAGCAUCGUGGGCCAUGCCGGAGGCAUCCCUGGGGCAGCCAUGGCCAUGCCAUGAGCUUUGCAUGAAAGCCGGUUUGGUUUCCAGGAUUUUCCAACUGCUCCUGUCUCCGGCACGGUCCUCAUUGCCACCUUCGACCUCGGGUGGCACCUGUGGGAAGUGUGCCUGGAACGGGGCCUUUGCUGCUGUACAUGCAGACCAGGAAGGACAGAAUGCUGUGCUGGGCUUGUCUCGAGGUGUGGUGGGAGUUCCUUGAAGCUGUGGACUCGUGGGUUAUCACACAACCCGCUGGCACUGAAUCAAAAGCAUGUUUAGUAAAGAAAGCACGUCAGUUUUGACAUCAACAUGUGAACCAUUUCAUACAGAGCCUCAGGUAUAUUCAUGCCAGAGGGCAGAAGUGCUUGCUGGUGUGCUCCUCCACCAUGUACCUCAUCUUGGAACCCAGAUGGAACUUUUUAGAAUAAGCUGGAGAGUGUGAAAAGCUUUCUCUUUAUGCAGAGCCAGUGCUACCCUGGCCAGUACCUUUCUGGACAUAGGCUGUUACUCUUUCACUAUCUUUGGCCGUCUGUAAUGGUCUACAGCAGUUUCUGGGCCAUGUGAUCUUUGACUGUACUAUUUAAUUUUUGAGACUUCUGCCUUUGGAGCUCCCAGACUGCUUCAACAUGGAAGUGAACGGGAUCCUUUAGGAACCGUCAGGUUUUUCAUUGCAUUGGGUCACAAAACUUCUUGUUGCUAUGUGUAUCAAGAGUCAAAAAGCUCCUUUCAGUGACUGGGAUGGGACUUCAAACUCACUGUGAAAUUCAGCAAGAAUUGAGGUGUUUUGUGGCCACCAAAAAAGGAAUGGUAGAGCUCUUAAGUGGUUCUGCUGGAAAAUUUUAGUCAGAAUGAUGUUGCAAAAUUGAUUAUUUCAUCUCUGUUAGAUUGAUUUUUAUCUCCUGACAUGCAAGGUAUCUGUGGCAGUCUAGUUUCAGUUGCCCAUAAGAGCUCUGCCUUUUGGGUGUUCAGGAGAGGGUUCUCAUUACAGUGUUCAUUCCAGUGUUUGACCACUGGAGAGGUUGAUGCACUAGGACUUUAAUUGGCUUUUAAAAGGCUUUUCAUGAUUUUUGUAACUAAUUUGCUGAGGCUUGUUUGAAGGUUUGAGGCUUGGUGGGUUCUAAAGUAAAUAUGUAGAAAUUGAACCUAAUUCUAAGCUGGUGCUGGUAGCAGUUUCUUUCUCAGAGCUGUUUCCAUGCUCUGCUGAAUCCAAUUGUGUGUAGGUUUCAGUUCAGUGCUAGAUGUGACUUCUGUGCAUUCAGUGAGCCUCAGUGGAUAGACAAGAGUCUCUCUUCUCUCCUGUAAAUGACAAAUGUCUGCAUUGUCUCAUGGCAAGGGCACUUCACAACUUUAAAAAGUCUGCUGCAAGGAACCACCUCCUUCAGAUUGUUUUGAUCCUGCCUUCUCUGAGCUCCAUUUGAUGUGCUCUUGUGUGGUGAAGGACAGUGAGAAUUUCGGUUUUCUCCAUCCUAAGCCACACUUGACUUUAUUACCUGUGAUGUCUCUUCCAAAUCGAGGAAUCUUUCCUUGCUUAGGUCUUCCUUUUCAGAAGAUUUUGAUGCUUUUGAUCACCUCUGCGACACUUGCAGUUCUGUUCCCUCCCCACUUAGAGGAGAAGUACCAGAUGUGCACAUAGCGCUCCAGACGAUGGUGCUCUGGGGACUUACGUGGUGGCACAGUGCUGUUCUUUUGGGAUGUCUGUUCGUUCUUCCUAAACUGUUAAUUACAGCUGCCUCUCCUCAGCGGUGCCUUGUUCGGACACAGAGGGUUUAGGCUGUUUCCUCAGGGUGGCCUGGGCUGGAAUCCUUCAUCUGCCAGCACUGGAGUGUGUCUGCAGUGUGCGUGUGAAGGGUGGAGUACCCAUGUGUACCCCUUUUUCGAAGCUCCCAUUAUGGGUUUUUCAGCAUCUGCUCCAGUUCUGCUUGUGCCCCGUGUGCUCUGUGACUUGCCCUGUAUAAUGAUUGUCUUUUUGCUGCCCUUCAGCAUCCACAUCCAUCCUGCUGCACCUGCCCUGCCAAACCAGGACUUCCCAGUUGGUGAAAGUCUGGUGGGGGAAGAGGAGGCUGCAGGUGGCUCUCAGGGGAGGGCAGAGAAGCAUGUCUUCUGCUCAGGGCCACUCUGCAGAGCUUGGUGGCUGCAAUAUUUGGGGGUCUCCAGCCCUGUGGGGCCAUUUGAGCCGUGUCUCCAUACCCAGAGAACUGGGGCUGCCUUGCUGGAAGUCAUUGCUGAAGCUGGGUUGGCCACUUCUUGAUUUGUGGUGGUACUAGUGGUGAGCUGGUGACCUGAAGUUCUUGUAGCAUCAGGAGCUGGUGCGUGGUAGUUAAUCACUAGAUUUUGUAGGUUUGUGCCAUAGGUCUUAGUGAUACCAAAGUAGAAGUAUGCUAUGUUUUAGGAUAAGUGAGUUUAAAAUUAAUUCCACCUGACUGAGAUUUUUUUAAAGAUACAGUUGGAUGGAAAACAGGAGAGAGUAACACUUAAAAUGAGCAAUUGUUAGCGAAAUCAGCUUGUCUGAGUCUCCUGUUGCACAUGCUGUGGUGUGCAUUCUUAGAGCAUUUUCAAUGAAUUCAAGCUUUUCUAAACUGUUGUGGUGUUGUGUAAUUUGGACAUUGUUGAGCACGUCUGUGUGAUCUGGUGCAAGCAGGCACACACUCACCUGGUCUCUGUUCCACCUCACUUUGUGUCCUUUCAAAUGAAGAUGAUGCUCUUUCUGCUGUAAGAAUUUUUAAUUCUUCCAGAUCAUAAACUGCCAAACAGAUUUGUGGGGACUUCAAGAGUUAUGCUUGCUGUCCAUCCAGUUGCAAGGUUUUAUUUUUGUUUGUGUGAUUUAUAUAAAGCAAGCCUGGGUACAAGCCAUCCUCCUUGCCAGUAUCCCAGGAUCCCACCCCUUUAUGUAGACUAGUAAAUAUUUUCAAGAUCCUUUUGAUCUUUGUCACUGCUAAAUGUUGGAUAAAAAGGAGUUUAUGCCAAUGAACUUUGUUCAUCCUUAUAAAGAAUGACAGUGACAGUAUCACUGCAAAUGCUGCAUCACACAGAAUAAGGAAAAACAUAUUUACUUAAAUAAUUCAUAAGCUGUUUAAUAGCAUCUGUAAGUAUUUGUGCAUUUUGGAAGAUAAAUAUUCUCAAGCAUUUCUGUUUUCUAGUUUAGUGUCUGUACUACAAAAAUACCUGGGAAUUCAGUCAGGGUUCAGUUUUAUAACAGGUGCUGGGCAGUGUAGGCACCCCCAGACUAAUGAGAUGCUGAUUACAAACAAAGCACUUGCACUGGCAGUAGUUUCACUUCUGUGCUGGUACUGCCCAGAGCUGUGUCAGGAUUUGCUUUCAUGUGUUGUAACUUAAUGUGAGUAUCUUGGGAUGGGGAGAUGAGUAACACUCUCUUUCUGAAACAGGCCAUGAUUCUUGCUGGUCAUAGAUGUCUUUUCCAAAGGUGUUGAUCUGGUGCAGGUACCAGUUCUCUUUUUAAAUACGACCUUUGCUCUUUCAUUGUAAGCUUCUAACAAAAACUGAACUCAUCAUGUUUUUCUCUCUAAAAAAAUAAUUCACACAAGGUCAAGUGGGCGUAGUAGAUGACAACUCAGAAAGGCACAGAACAAAAGCUGGAUCAUAGGUUUCUGUGGUGUCAGAGGUUGAGGAGACUUCUGAUGUCUCUCCUUGAAGUUGGUGCUAAAGCAAAUGCUAAUGGCAGUUUGGCCAGCUGUGAACAGCAGCUGUGCUAAGGCAGCCUGGCAGGUAGGGAUUGAAGGAAUUGAUUUACCAGGAAAUAGUUGAAAGAACAAAAGGAGUGUGCCUUGACCAAAUGUUUGUGUGUAGGGAUUAUAAUAAUUCUGUGCAAACCCUGCAUUCCUGGAGGUUAAGUGGCAUAGGCAGAAGGAGAUAUUUUUGACUGUCCUGAGCUAAGUAAAGCUUUCUACUACCCACAGUGGACACAGAGGAGCGCCCUUUUCCUUUCGGAAAGCAGCUUUCUGCGUAUUUAAACACUGGCAUUUUGUCUCCUUGUAGCCUUCUCCUCCCCAGGCAAAAAAAAGCUCACUGAAUCCAGGCUUUCCCCCCAGGACAUAUUUUCUAAAUGUUCUCUGGACUGACUUACCUAUUUGCCAUAAAAUUAUUAAGGUCCAAGUAGUUGUUUUCAGUUUGUAUAUUUAAUUUGGAAGAAAGAUUUAUGUGCCCCAAAGCAUGUCUAUUAUUUCCAGCUAUUUCAAUUGGUCUAAUAAAAGAUAUUACCUCAUCUCACAAACCUUUAUCUCAUUUGGGGACUUACAUCAUCACAAAUAGAGCAGCACUGCUUUUACUGCCGGUGUGACAGACUCUGUGUCCUGUCCUCUUGGUGCUUCCUGUCACUCCCAGUUUGUGCCUCUCUCUGUCUGGUUUGUCCUGCAUUCUUGUGUGUGUUUCUGUCCCCAUGUGCUGAGCUUUGAAGCUGAGGAGAUGACUUUGUCAAGCUGCUUUCUUACCAUUCUUCUGCAACAGGAAGUGUGGAUGGAACACCAAGCUGAGGAGCUGAACAUUUUAUUGAAGGCCUGUGUGUAGACCCUGAUGCUUGAAUGAAUGAAGAAUGAAAAUGCUCCCUGGAGUGGGUGUGUUUGGAACUGGUAGUGCUGCCCGGGUCCUGGUACCCUUGCUGAGGGCAGAAGGCUUCUCCAUUGAGGCUCUUUGGGGGAAGACUGAAGAGGAAGCCAAACAGCUGGCAGAGGAAAUGAACAUCUCCUUCUACACGAGUCGGACUGACGAUGUCUUGCUGCAUCAGGACGUAGAUUUGGUUUGCAUCAACAUCCCUCCACCACUAACUCGGCAAAUCGCUGUGAAGGCUCUAGGGAUAGGGAAGAACGUGCUGUGUGAGAAAGCUGCUACCUCUGUGGAUGCCUUCAGGAUGGUCACAGCUGCCAGGUAUUACCCCAAGCUGAUGAGCAUCGUUGGCAAUGUUCUCCGCUUCCUGCCCGCCUUUGUGAAGAUGAAGCAGCUGAUAGAAGAGCACUACGUGGGCAACGUCAUCAUCUGCGACGUGCGAGUCUACGGGGGAAGCCUGCUCAGCCACCAGUACAACUGGAUCUGUGACGAGCUCAUGGGAGGGGGUGGGCUGCACACGAUGGGCACCUACAUCAUCGACCUCCUGACUCACCUCACCAGCAGGAGGGCAGAGAAGGUGCACGGUUUGCUCAAGACUUUUGUGAAGCAGAACACGGCCAUCAGCGGGAUCCGCCACGUCACCAGCGAUGACUUCUGCGUUUUCCAGAUGCUCAUGAGCGACGGUGUCUGUUGCACUGUGACUCUCAACUUCAACAUGCCCGGAUCGUUCAUCCAUGAGGUCAUGAUUGUGGGGUCUGCCGGUCGCCUCAUAGCUCGUGGGACAGACUUGUACGGGCAGAAGAACACUGCGCUCCAGGAAGAACUACUGUUUACAGACUCUCUGCCUGUCAACAAGGGCCUUCUGGAUAAGGGGUUUAAAGACAUCCCUCUGCUUUACCUGAAAGGAAUGGUGUACAUGGUGCAAGCCCUGCGGCAGUCUUUCCAAGACCAGGAAGACCGUCGGACAUGGGAUCAUAAACCUGUGUCUAUGGCAGCCUCUUUUGAGGAUGGUCUGUACAUGCAGAGUGUGGUAGAGGCCAUCAAGAAAUCAAGUAGGUCAGGUGAGUGGGAGACUGUGGAGGUGAUGAAUGAGGAACCAGAUGCCAACCAGAACCUCUGUGAGGCACUUCAAAGAAAUAACUUAUGAACUUUCCUACCUUGGAAAAUAGGACAAUAAACACUUCUGGCUGUAAUGUAAAAAAAAAAACCUGUUUUUAAGAUAUGUAGAUUCUUAUUUAAUAGCCUGAGUUCCUUGGUUUUUUUAAACAUGUAAAAUAUGUUCUGAUAGGAACAGUUCUGGUUUAAAUUGUUUAAAGAGUUUUAAAUGUUUCUGUUUUUUGCAAACAUUUAAUUUUUAUCUUGGAGACUGGUAGGAAAACUUGAAUUGCCCUUUGCACUUGCAGUAGCUGAAGUGAAUCGUGGGAUCUCUGCCAUUGUGUGGCUUGGAAAUGGGACACAACUCCCGUUGCACAGGUUGCUGAUUUAACCAUGAGAGCAUGUAGAGCAAGAUCAGGGAGUAUCUGUUGUUCAGAUGCCUUUUUCUUCUCUCUUGGAGACUGAUUUACGUUUUAAUCCUCAGUUUGUAAAAUUUUAUGAAAGAGUUUAGUGAUGUAACAGGUCUCUAAACUCCUAUAGGACAAAAAGUAGAAGGAAUGGAUUAAAGUUAGUAACAAAAGGAUCAGCCUUUUGGCUUCCUGUAAAUGUCUUUCAAAUUCAUUCAAACUGGUGUUUUAUUUAAAUGAUACUAUAAUUCUCUGUUGUUGGUGUCUUGGCAGGAAAAUCUUCAGGAAGUCUGUGAUGCAUUGAGCUAUUCUUCCAUAUCUGUAGACAUUAUUCCUUCUACUGAAGAGGCUGCCUGCAUCCAGCAGCUGUUUUUCCAUAAGCUCUGUGCCUGUCAGUUGUGUUUACUGCCUGGCAGCACCGGUGCGGUGCCUGUGGGGCCGCAUUCUCAUUUCUGUGACUGUUAAUAAAUAAAUGCCUCCCAGGGUCACGGGAUUGCCACAGUUUCGUGGGUAACAAAGUUGUACAGCAGUAACCUUUCAGGGACCUGAAAGUGGAAGGAAGGAGGUAUUUCCUACCUCUUGCAGCUCUCUUAACCCGUUGGCUGGGUAACUGUCACACUACACGCAUCCUGAUAGUUGAGAGAACAGAGACUGAACUGCCAUGGGUAAAUGUGCUCCUGAUCUCAAACACUGGCUAUUAACCCUCUGGCCCAGCCCACCCUCACGCUCUCCUGUAGCUGGUGUCCAGUGGAGAGAUUUUUUGGCAGAUGAUGGGGUGGAAGUUCAUUCCUUUUGAGAAAUGUUUCUCUCUGAGGCAGGUAUGUGGAAAGGAUAGUCUAAUUUUACUACAUUUGUUUUGUGUACUUGAAAGCUUUUUUUUAAAUGUAUUUCCCACUAAAUUGUAACCCUGUGUAUUUAUGUAUAUUAACAUGCACGCUGCUGUUUCAUAAGCUGGACCUUCCUGAAAAGUACCAUGUUUUCUACAGAAAUAAAAAGUUGUGUUUGAUGAGGGAA